CGGCAACUCGAUCCGGCGUGGCGGUGUGUGCGGUCUCGGUCGUCGGUAGUCGAACGAAGUCGAACGGCUGCUGUUGUUGUAGAAGUAGGUAGAGUAGAGCUCUAGAGCCUCUUCCACCAUCAUCGCGCGCGGCACAACUCUUGGGUGUUGUACGAAAUCGGUAGUCCAUCCGUCAGUCGUCUUAGUUCAUGAGUAGCUGCAGCUACACGCGGGUGGCUGGCGGUGCCGGUUUCGGCUAUUUCUAUUCAACUAUACACUGUAGUACUGAACGGUUUCGAAGUUUGUCCUACCUCUCUCCUACGCGGGGACGAAUCGGUUUCAAAUAGGAUUAGAAGUCGGAUUCUGUGAUUUUGAGGAUCGAGAAGUUUGUCGCGCGACGGUUUACGGUUUCAGCUUCCGGAGGUUUUAUAUCUGAAGCGGUGUGUUUUAGUGCGAAGAGCGCGUGGGGAUUUUGUGGGGAGUAGCGAGAGUUCGGCAACGACAGGUGCUGCACUGGAUUUCGGACACACAAAGUUCUGUGGUUCUGGUGAGCGAGAUCUCCCCGAGUGAGAGUGGAGCGGCCGGCGGCCACUUGUUGGACCUGCCCACCCCGCGUGGAAUCUGUGUGUUUUGGUGCUUUUUUUUCUGUUGACGGAGAAGAGAAUUAUUGAUGAAUUUGGUCCCUGGUGGAUUGCGCUAGAAGAAGCAAAAAAAAUCGGUGAAUUCUGCGAGUGCGGUGGAAGACAAGUGGUGUGACCGAGUCCCGUCGGUUGAUUAAUCAAUUGUGUAUGGCCUUUUAGCGUGGAUUUCGUGUGUUGUGCUUGGGUCCCGCCCGACCGAGCGAUAAGAACCGCGCGCAACGCGGCGAAGAGCAACGAAGAGCGAGAUUAAAUCAUCGAAAAAAGAAAACAACAACAGCAAAAACAACAACAAAACAGCAGUAGCAGUAACAAAGAACCAGCAUUUAUCAACCAAGACCACCUCAACAGUAGUAGUGUCUAGUACAACAACAACAACAACGGUUUGGUAGCAGGUAGCGCGGCCCAAUCGAUCGAGUGAGAGCCUGCUUUUUGGGGUGCUUUCGGUUUCCGCAUCGCGAUCACCAACAAAUGGAUGGAGCCCGUUUGUUAUUGGGGGGAGAGAGACAUUUUCCAGUGCCCCGCGAAAUCAGUGCCAAAACAGUGCCGAUGUGAAAUGUAGUAUUUCAACUAUCACCAACAGAUGCAGAGUAGAGUGUUCGAAGAAGAAAACAACCUUUAGAAAAAAAGUUAAAACUCAUAUGAAACCAAUUUUAAAAAUGUGUCCAGCCUCAAACCAAAGUUUGGUGGCCAAAUAAUAACAGACGAGUUCAAAAUCCAGUUCCUCACAGUCAGUCAGGUCUGCGAUAUCAUUAAGAAGGCAGAAGUAUAAUAAAAAAAACCUGCCCCCACGACAGGCCUUCGGGACGCCGGAGGACGAUUUAGUGUGUUGGUUGGCGAAUGGUGUGUGCAUUCCAUUUGCGUGUGCGAAAAUACGGUUUUGGGGAGAGAGAAAUCGACGGGUCGCCGGUUCGGUUCUUCGAUCCAACGCGACGCAACGCAUCGAUUGAUUAGAGAGUAGUGUCAACACGUGGAAGCCGGUUUCUCUGAGGUUUUAGCGUGCGCGAGAUCAGCCUACCGUAGGCAGUUAUGAGUUGCGGUUUGGGAGUGACCCGAUCGUAAAAAAAAAAACAAGAUCGUUCGGCUUCAAACUGGAUCCAUUAAGUGACAGCAGUGGCAAGCGACAGUCGUCCAGUCCCGCCGCAGCCGAGAUGAGCAUCUCGCAAGGUUAUCCGGUCAAUCCGGAGCGAUCCGGGUACCCGUCGUCUCGGUAUUUCGGCCACGGGGCCUCCCAGCCGGGACCACCGUCCGGCUACCGGGAGGACUACCCGCAGCAUCACCAUCGAAGGGAACCACCUUCUUCGGCAAUGAAUUACGACCCGGACAGUGGACCGGGUUACCAUCCGUCCGCGAUGAACCCGUACCAGGAGAUGGGAGGUGGUACACCGUAUGGGUACUCUCCGGCGCCGUACGACGAUGGAAGGUUUCAGUUCCCUGCGUAUCAUCCGGGCAUGGCUGGGACCAUGGGAGGGGGCCUCCCGAGGGGUCAUCCGGAUUCGGCCAUUAUGGGUCGAGUCGGCUACGGACCGCCUUUGCCUUGGUACGGAGCGUCACCUCGGCCCUACCCGAUCCCACCGGAGCACAUGUACAACAUGUACCACUAUGGAAGAUACGACUGUGAAGACUCCAAAGCUGCUUGUAAAAUCCUAAAUGGCCGUGAAGCGCGAAACCGGGCGGAGAAGAACCGCCGCGACAAGCUCAACGGGUCCAUCCAGGAACUGUCCGGCAUGGUACCGCAUGUGGCCGAAUCGCCCCGGCGGGUGGACAAAACGGCCGUGCUGCGGUUUUCCGCCCACGCCCUCCGAGUGAAAUAUGUUUUCCAGGACCAGGAACAGGAGCAGGAACAACAACAGCAGCAGCUGCAGCAGCAAGCAUCCAACAGGUCUAACGUCGUAGUGCAAAAGAGCGAAGUGCAGGACACACUGUUCCGGAUGCUGAAUGGAUUCCUGUUGACCGUCACCUGUAGAGGACAGAUCGUGCUGGUUUCGGCAUCGGUCGAACAGUUCCUCGGACACUGUCAGACCGAUCUCUACGGCCAGAAUCUGUUCAACCUGAUCCAUCCGGAUGAUCAAAAUUUGCUCAAGCAGCAGCUGGUGCCCAGCAACUUAGUCAAUUUGUUCGACUCGGCUUCGGUUCCGACUCCGUCCACGAGUCGGACGUCCACUUCCGCCGGCAUGACGACAGAAACGAGCGCCGAGGAGCAACAGCGACGCUCGCAGGACGAGGAGGACGAGAUCGAUCGCAAGCUGCGACAGGACAGGAGAAAGUUCACGUUAAGGAUCGCCAGGGCAGGACCUCGAUCGGAGCCCACAGCAUACGAGCUAGUCACGAUAGAUGGAUUUUUCCGACGGGCGGACGCCGCACCGCGAGGAGAGCGACCAAGUGGCCCCUCGGGGCUGCAGCUUCUCAGGAGGGCGCGCGGUCGCGACGACGGGAUUUCACUUCAUAGCAUUAACGGCAAUGAUAUUGUUCUGGUAGCAAUGGCUCGAGUGCAAAAAGUGCCAACCAUCUGUGAUCGUUUGAUUGAGGCUUGCCGGUAUGAGUACAAAACGCGUCACCUGAUUGACGGCCGGAUAGUGCAGUGUGACCAUCGGAUAUCGGUCGUGGCCGGGUACCUGACGACGGAAGUCUCCGGCCUGUCACCGUUCACCUUCAUGCACAAGGACGACGUCCGGUGGGUCAUCGUGGCCCUGCGGCAGAUGUACGACUACAGCCAGAACUAUGGCGAAUCUUGCUACCGGCUCAUGACCAGGACGGGAGACUUUGUAUAUCUGAAAACUCGAGGAUAUCUAGAAGUGGACGACAGCUCAAAGAAGGUGCAAUCGUUCGUGUGCAUCAACACCCUAGUCUCCGACGAGGAAGGUCGUCGGCUUGUCCGUGAAAUGAAGCACAAGUUCUCCGUCAUCGUUGAGGCGGAAGAUCUCCCCGACGAAAGUGACGAACCGGCCGUGGAAAACCCCACCCAAAUCGAGAAAGCCGUUCUGAAUCUGCUGACGAACCUUCACUCGGAAGAUGACGAACCCUCGGACCGAGCCCUGCCAUCGACGGCUUCGCAAGAAACGGAUGCGCCGGAGGGCUCACAGCUUGCCAUAAUUGCACCAAGUUCAAAGACUGUCAAGUCAGCCAUCGUCAAGAGUAUGAACGUGAUUGCGAUCGCUUCCAAGAAGAUGUCCAACGGAAGCAACUCACCGUUGAGAGACUCCGCCGGGACAAGUCCCAAACCAAAGGAACAUUCUGGUGGCAGCUCAUCGGGGAUCAUCACAAGGCCUUCAGUUCUGCAAAAAGCUCAUAGUCCCGCCUUGGAGUCGCGUGUUCCUCCGCUACACGGCACGGACCACGACUUCAUCCAACCGUUCUCUCCGGCCGGCAGUACCAGCAGCAGUAGCAGUGGCGGUUCCGUAUUCUCACCUGCAUCACACCAGCGAAACAGUCGAAGCCCGUUCGGUGGUAGCAUUCCGCCUACGUCUCCACCGGCCAUUGCUGCCACUCCGUCGACGUCGGUUUCGCGGAUAGUGGACAACACCGCCAGCGGUCACAGUCGGUCGAUCAGCGUACUGAAAAGGACCCACAGCAACAGUAGUUGCUUGGACUCAAGUUCGGACGGCUCCACCAUUGGACACACGGCUGACUUUGUGGUCCAGAAGCGGCCUAAGGUCAAUACCAUACUGGAUCUGGAUACGUGCAGGACUCGGCUUUCCAAUCCGGCAACGGAUCUCAUAACAAUGUUGCCGCAAGCCUUUCAUGCGGUCGAUCAGUCGCUGAUGAAGGUGGAUGACGAUACGGCCAAGCUGCGGGCUCAAGUCAGUGGAUAUGAAAAUUUGCAGAGCAAAUCGUUGCAGCAGCUGGACAGUAUAGUGGAGGCAUCACACGAACAACGAAAUGUGCUGCAGUCAAUUAAGCACGAGCUGACCCAAUUCCAGUCCAACAACGGUAACGACGGAGAGGGUGGCGGCGCUGGCGCUGGCGUUGCAAGCGCGAGGGGACCAUUGGGCGUCAACGAUAUUCUACCGGGUGGUGGUGUCGGUGCCAUCAUCGUGGACGAUCUGGAUCAGCCGUCACUCCUGAUGGAGGACUUUCCGAGCGAUAGUUCCAACCUGAUGGCCGACCUGGACAACAACGGAAGCCUCCUGGGGGGCGAUUCGCCGCUGGAGUUUUUCAGCUCCAUCAACACUCCGAUGAUUUCGCCUACAACGGCGACGGCUUCGGUCAUCACGUCGAGCCGAUCGGUUGGGGCUGGAGGGGGUGCCGGAGCGCCGGGAGCAACCGGAACGGCAGGAUCGUUCUACCAGGGCGCCGAUUUGAAUCCGAGUUAAUGAAGACUUGGAUGGAAUGGAGAUAUUUGAGGUUUUUUCGCGGUUAAAAUGACCACAUCGGAUUAAGAUGUGGAACUGUUUCAAGUCCUUGAUCAAAUCUGAAAUAUCUGUUAGGGAAACGAUAUGGGAAGCGCGAGCUUAUGAACUCAGCUAUGUAUGUUCCUUCAAUGCAGGAAGACUAAGCUGAACAUUAGGGAGCUGCUUAUUUUUUAAAGUUUUUGAACAAUGAUAAUCGUGUGAUGGCUAAUCGUACUAAUUGUACUUGCCAUACAAUGUGCAUUCAUGCAAUGGCAGGCAGAGAAAUCCCUUCAAUUAAUAACUGUGGAAGUACCCUAAAGAACACUAAGUUAAAUAGAGGCAGGUCAACUUCCAAUGCUAACCUAGAGCCAUAAAGAAGAAGAAGAAGAAGAAGAAGAAAAGCUAUUUAAACAAGAGUGAGAGCCUAAAAUAUAGAGAUUCAUUAGUAAUAUUAUGUGAUUUUUACUUCAAUUCUCAUAGCACGUUUGUAAAAAAAAACAUUUUAAACCACUCAUUAAAUCAAAGUAAAGAGAAUUGAAAUAAAAGUUAUAUUUCAUUACACGAAAGUCCAUCUUAGGAGUGCUUACGCCGCAAAUCGCAAUGUUUUUUGCUCAAACUUGCAGCUUUCUCUUCUAAGUGAUUUGAAUCAAGAAAAGCACACGAGUUCCAAUGUUCAAAAACUACCGAAAAAUAAGUCGUACCCUACUGACCAUUCAACGGAUGCGCUGAACGAAUGUGUGAGUACGUGUAUGUUGUAAUAAAACUAACGAGCGUGUUUGUAAUGGUAAUUUUGUAAGAGUCGGUUUAAGUCCAAGAAAUACAAAGAAACAAAGCUAUUGUAGUUUACACACGAUAUUGUGCAUAUAGAUUAACCGUGUUGUGUAAAUCGACGAUUAAGGCAAACGUGAGUGAUAUGAGUUUUUCACAUUGAAAUUGAUAGUAUUGUUCCCAUCCACAAAAUUUUCCGCGUUAUUGACUAUAUUAUUAAAUGGAGAAUUGUACCUACGAGAUACUAGAUGGCAAAAGAUAUAGCGAAUGAGUCUUAUAACUAAGUAAACAGAUGGUACUGUAAUUUGUAAGUUUGUUGGUAGUUUUUAAGAAAAAGAGUGUUUUAUUAUAAUUCAUCUAAAUAUAUAUUUUAUUUAGUUUAUAAUUUACUAGCUUUACACAUUUGGAAAAGAAAACUCAAAUAAACAGAAUACAAAGGUUUAACUAGUGCCCACGCACGUGUAAUAUUGAUUUUAUUGAUAAACACACACUGUAAAUAACCCAAUAGUAAAAUACCCCUUCUGAAAGGUAACAAACCCUCUUCUAAUGUUUAAUCUAGGAAAAUUUCACGUUCUGCGUGCGAAAGGAGCCCGGUUCAGAGGUUUUUAUUAGCCGGUCGAAACAAUGUUAAACACAGAUUAUUCAAUGUGGUAAUCGAAGCAUGUGAAACACACAGGAGGACGGAAACAAUGAUAAACCAAUAGUUGUUAAACAAAGAAACAAUUGAAUACGCAUUAUACAUCUGAAUGAAAACCCAUUUCUAAGGCCGAAACGCAGAGAGCGAGGAGAGGAGAUACAUUUCACGGAUAUCCCCACGUAUAUCCAAAGCAUCUUGUCUGUAAUGUGUACUUUAGUGUUUAAGACUAAAACAAAACCCAAACAAUAACCUAAUGAAACAACAACCAACCACCCAACCGCAACCAACCAACAAACUCAAAAGCUAAAGCACAUGGUGUAAAUAAUGGAGAAAAUAAAAUGAGAAAAAUGCAUAGUA